UUGUUUUAACUUUUUCUAUUUAAUACUUAUCAGAGAGUCCCACGGACUGGCUGGGUAUACAGAAAUGUCAAAAAUCCAGAGAGCGUAUCAGAUCACAUGUAUCGGAUGGCAGUUAUGGCUAUGGUGACCAAAGAUGACCAUCUUAAUAAAGACCGAUGUAUACGUCUAGCCCUGGUUCACGAUAUGGCAGAAUGCAUCGUUGGGGACAUAGCACCAGCAGAUAACAUCCCCAAAGAAGAAAAACAUAGGCGAGAAGAGGAAGCUAUGCAACAGAUAACCCAGCUCCUACCAGAGGAUCUCAGAAAGGAGCUCUAUGAACUUUGGGAAGUAAGUAUACAAUAGGUAACUUUUUAUUUAUUGCAA